AUGCUGCGGGAGGGGACUGGCAGCAUUGUGACUGUAACGACGACGAUCACAACGAGCACCACCAAGAGCACCACUGUGAGCAACAGCACCACGUACGGCUCCGAUGGCCCCGUUAUAAGCACUGGCGUCACCACCACGGGCGCCGGUGGGACCACAAGCACCCCCAGCGGGGGAAGCGCGAGUGGCGGCAGCACUGGGAACAGCGGAGGGACGAGUAGCGGGGGGAGCGCGAGUGGAAAUAGCACCGGGAGCAGCGGACGGACGAGCAGCGGAGGGAGCGCGAGUAGGGGCAGCACUGGGAGCAGCGGCGGGACGAGCAGCGGAGGGAGCGCGAGUGGAAACAGCACUGGGAGCAGCGGCGGGACGAGCAGCACCACUGUCAUCAAGGGGCUCACGAGAUACCAAGCUUCCUCCGACCUCAAUCCGUAUGGCGACACGAGCGGCAAGUUCAUAUUCGAUACCAACAUAACGUUGUCAACGCAAAGGUCGCUCUACACCCUAACCAUCACGGGCGUGCCUGAUAGCCCAGCGCCGGUCUUCUCCAACGUCACCUACUACACCAGCGCGGGCCAGCUCGUGGUGGAAUUCGCGUGCGUGCCCCAGGCCACCAGCACGCCGGGUGCUUAUCUUUGCAGUGGGAAGCAGGUGUUGAAUCUCUCGGACAUUAACACGCCAGGCAACAGGUUCAAGGCGGUUGUGGACGCGGGGCUGUUCGCCAAUCCCAAUGGCUUCUAUGCGGCUGUCAAUGUGAACGGUGCAGAACUGCGUGGGGAAGUAAUAACCACAAUUAGUAGCCUCAUUGGUGCUGCUCGUCCCUCCGCUGCUCGUCUUUCCGCUACUCUCAGUGCUGUUUCCACUCGCGCUCCCUCCGCUGCUCCCAGUGCUAUUUCCACUCGCGCUCCCUCCGCUCCCAGUGCUGUUUCCACUCGCGCUCCCUCCGCUCCCAGUGCUGUUUCCACUCUCGCUCCCUCCGCUCCCAGUGCUGUUUCCACUCGCGCUCCCUCCGCUGCUCGUCCCUCCGCCGCCAUUGCUGCUCCCACUCUCGGUCCCACUGGAGGUGGUGGUGGUGACGGCGCUGCCAGUGCUUAUAACGGAGCCAUCAGGGCCGUACGUGGUGCUGUUGCUCACGCUGGUGCUCGUGGUGGUGCUCGUUGUGGUCGUCGUCGUUACAGUCACGAUGCCGCCGCUCCCGUCCUGCAGCACGCGGCGCUUGCCGGCGGGUGUGGCGCAGAGGGAAAGUGA